UGUAAGAAACAAGCAUAUCAACGAUUCGAAUUUCAUCAUGGAACGAAAACAUUGGUGUUCAUUUUGUCUUAUCCCUUUUAACAACGAAUUGAGAUUAAGCGAUCAUCUAUUAAAAAUCCAUCCAAAACAACCACCAGUUUUCUGUCGUUUGUGUAUGUUAACAUUUGUAAAUUGUAGUCAACUAGAAUAUCAUGUGAGAUAUAAGCAUUCAGAUUUAUUCAUCAACAAGUUUGAUGAAAAUAACGAAAACAUUUGUAGAAAAAAAAUAAUAGAAUUGGAAACUGAAAUAGAAUCUGAUUCCAAAUUGACAGACAGUUCCGAGGAAGAAAACAGUAUAACAAAAAGCGAAGAAGGCGAUUUUUUUGAGAAAACCAAUGACAUGGUCGGUACAGAUUCUGAAAGUGUGGAAGAGCCCGUUGAAAACAAUUCGAGUUACAUGAAAUACAUCUCAGCACAAAAUGUGUGUUCUUCUGACGACGAAAAUCCUGCAAGUGAAUUGGAUUUGAAAGGAGUCAAUACCAAUCAAAUGAAUAAUUCACACGAUCAAUAUUUCAAUGUAAUAAAUUGUGAUGUGUCAUGUCCUGUCAGACUAGAAUGGGAAAAAACUAGAAGACAUGACGCCAGUUUCACAAGAAACAUUCAUAAUUUAGAAGAUACUUUAUCUACUUCCAAACGACUUUUAAAUCUACAGCACAUGAAGUCGGCGUUUCUUACUUCAGAUAACAUUGUUUAUACUCAACGACCUAGUUUUAAAUCUAAUGAUGAAGACGAAGGCCAAGAAUACCUAAGGGAAGAAUAUCCUCAUGAGAAGACUCAAGUACACACAAAAGAAAUUGUACAGCAAAUCCAACGGGUUGGUUCAGAUAGGAAAAACGAAGACAUACUAGAUUAUGGAAAGAACAAGGCUAUACUAAGCCAACAUGAUGUUCAAGAUGGAGACGAAUUAGUAGGAGCAAAUACAGAGCAUGAGCUCGCAGUAGCGGAUGAGGUAUACAGUCCAGGACAACCAGUAUGGAAGGAGGCUAUUAACAUACUAAAGGAUACUUUUAUGAAAAAGAAGAAAAGGACUAGGAAAAAGGGAAUGUUUGCUUCAACAAAUACAGUUACGUUCUCAAAGUGGUUACCCGAUAAUUUUCCUGUGGAAGGUGUCAUGUGUGGUUGUGGAAGACACUUUAAAACGCCGACGUCGCUUUUAGGUCACUUGCGCAGAAAAAGCGCCACCGCCAGAAAAUCUUUAAAGUUAUUCAAAAAAAAUGUAUAAUUAAAGCUUUUAAAGACGUUACAUAAUGCCAUUAAUUGCAACUGAACAUUAUAGAAUAUAAAAGUUUAAUGUUUCAUGACCUGAAUAAAACUACCAGGUAUAUGUUUCAUACUAUUUCAUACAAAAAAAAAGACGUGGUAUGAUUGUCAAUGAGACAACUACCCACAAGAAACCAAAAUGACACAGACAUUAACAACUAUAAGUCACCGAACGGCAUUCGACAAUGAGCAAAGCCUUACCGUAUAGUCAGCUAUAAUAGGCCCCGAUAUGACAAUGUAAAUCAAUUCAAACUAGAAAACUAACGGCCUUUAUUAUUGGUUUAAAAAAUGAACGAAAAACAAAUAUGUAACACAUCAACAAACGACAACCACUGAAUUGCAGGCUUCUGACUUUGGACAGGCACAUACAUAAAUAAUGUGACGGGGUUAAACAUGUUAGCGGGAUCCAAUCCCUCCCCUAACGUGGGACAGUGGUAUAACAGUACAACAUAAGAACGAACUAUAAAAAUCAGUUGAAAAAAACGCGUUUUAAAAAGCAAUCUAUAAGAAAGAUGUCAUCGUGUUUUUUUAUCUUUAAAUACAUGUCAUGAAAUCAGUGAAUUGGCAACUUAUCAUUGAUUGCAGUGUGUUAAUAGCAAACGCAGAAUAUUAAAAAUAAAGAAUGAUGAACUGUUAAUCCUUCCGUUUUUCUCAAAUAAACCUGUCUUUGAGAUUGAAAGGGGUCAUACAAUCUGAUCGAAAUAAAGACUCCGUAAGUUAGAAAUAUUCUCAUUUGAAUCCAAAAGCUUUUCAUUUUACAUUCUGUUUAAAUACCUGAUGGGGUCCUUUAUGGUUUAUUUUAUUAUCAUUGAUGUGUUUGAAAUUUUGAUAUAUAUGGAAAAGCUGUAAUAUAUUUUCUCAGUCUAUGGGGAAAUAAUUCAAUUUAGAUGAAACGAGUUUUCUUGGUUUAUUCGUUUUUUUAUUUAGU